GUCCCACUUUGCUGAGCUCUUCCUCCCUUCAGCCCGUUCCCACAGCGUCCUUAGUCACAAGUAAGCGCGGCUUGACGCGCAGGCCUGUCUUUCUGUCCUUCCUGUCUUUUUGUCCGUUGCGCUAAUUUGACAUUGCGGGAUUAACGACACCGCCUCGACUCAGACAGCAACGCGCUCCAAGUCGGUGCAGAAACGGACCGUAAUCCUUCGCACUGCCUUCCGAGGCUGUGCAGACAUGAAUCGGUUUCGCUCCCUGGCCUCUAUCAGGGGUCUUUGGAUGAGGAGCCGAUUGUGGGAUUCUCACCGAUGCUGUUCCUCUGAAAAGCCUGUCAGUACCAGCUAUGUGGAAGAGAUGUACUAUGCCUGGCUUGAAGAUCACAAAAACGUACAUGAGUCCUGGGAUGCCUAUUUCCGGAAUGCCCAGGGUAACAGUCAGGCUACAGAAGUGGGGGAGAAUCGUCCAUCUGCUCUUCUCCAGGGUCGAGCCAUGUCCCAGACUCCUGCAAUGUCUCAGAAAGUGGUGGAGGAUCACUUAGCUGUCUAUAACCUCAUCAGAGCCUACCAGAUCCGUGGUCACCAUGUGGCGCAACUCGAUCCUCUUGGCAUCCUCACAGCCGAUAUUGAUUCCUUUGUCCCCUCGGAUUUAAUAACAACAAUUGACAAACUUGGCCUCUAUGGUUUGGAUGAAUCUGAUCUAGACAAGACAUUCCAGUUACCAUCAACAACAUUUAUUGGUGGUCAGGAGACUGUGCUUCCACUUAGGGAAAUCAUUCACAGACUUGAGGCAUCAUACUGUGGUCAUAUUGGUGUGGAAUUUAUGUUUAUUAACAAUUUGGAGCAAUGUCAAUGGAUCAGGCGAAAGUUUGAGAGUCCGAGCAUCAUGAAAUUUACUGAAAGAGAAAAGAGGACCUUACUGGCAAGGCUGGUGCGCUCAACACGGUUUGAGGAUUUUCUGGCACGCAAGUGGUCUUCAGAGAAGCGCUUUGGCUUAGAGGGCUGUGAGGUCCUCAUCCCUGCUCUUAAAACGAUCAUUGACAAGUCUAGUGCAGCCGGCGUAGACAGUGUAAUUAUGGGCAUGCCUCACAGGGGUCGACUGAAUGUCUUGGCCAAUGUUGUCAGAAAAGAUCUUGAUCAGAUUUUCUGCCAAUUUGAUCCAAAAUUAGAGGCUGCAGAAGAGGGCUCAGGGGAUGUGAAGUAUCAUCUGGGAAUGUACCAUGAGCGGAUCAACAGGGAGACGAAUAAGAAUAUUACUCUGUCUCUUAUGGCUAACCCGUCUCACCUGGAGGCAGUGGACCCAGUGGUGCAGGGCAAAACUAAAGCUGAGCAGUUCUACAGAGGAGACAAUGAAGGGAAGAAGGUGAUGUCCAUUCUCCUGCAUGGUGAUGCUGCGUUUGCUGGUCAAGGAAUUGUCUAUGAAACCUUCCAUCUUAGUGAGCUUCCCUCAUAUACCACUCAUGGCACCAUUCAUGUCGUUGUCAACAACCAGAUUGGCUUCACCACUGAUCCACGAAUGGCGCGCUCCUCCCCUUACCCUACUGAUGUGGCUCGGGUGGUAAACGCCCCCAUUUUCCAUGUCAACGCUGAUGACCCUGAGGCUGUGAUGUAUGUGUGUAGCGUGGCUGCAGAAUGGAGAAACAACUUUAACAAGGAUGUAGUUAUAGAUCUGGUUUGUUACCGGCGCUUUGGCCACAAUGAAAUGGAUGAACCCAUGUUCACUCAACCUCUCAUGUACAAGCAAAUCCACAAGCAGGAGCAUGUGCUCAAGAAAUAUGCAGACAAACUCACUUCUGAGGGAGUCGUUACUCUGCAGGAGUUUGAGGAGGAAGUGGCUAAGUAUGACAAAAUUUGUGAAGAAGCAUACACCAGUUCUAAAGAUGAAAAGAUACUCCACAUCCGUCACUGGCUGGACUCACCGUGGCCAAAUUUCUUCACAGAUCAGGGGGAACCAAAGUGUAUGAGCUAUCCUCCCACAGGGCUCGCUGAGGAUGUCCUGAUGCACAUCGGCCAGGCUGCCAGCUCUGUCCCUCAGCAAGACUUUACCAUUCACAGUGGAGUGUUGAGGAUCUUGCGAGGCCGUGCUGACAUGGUUAGUAAGCGUACAGUGGACUGGGCUCUUGGGGAGUACAUGGCCUUUGGUUCCCUGUUGAAGGAUGGUGUCCAUGUGAGACUGAGUGGGCAAGAUGUGGAGAGAGGAACCUUUAGUCAUCGCCACCAUGUCCUGCAUGACCAGGAAGUGGAUAAGCGAGUUUGUGUUCCAAUGAACCAUCUAUGGCAGAACCAAGCUCCUUACACAGUGUGUAACAGCUCCCUGUCUGAGUAUGGAGUUUUAGGUUUUGAGCUGGGUUUUGCUAUGGCUAGUCCCAAUGCCCUUGUGUGCUGGGAGGCUCAGUUUGGAGAUUUCCACAACACGGCACAGUGUAUCAUAGACCAGUUCAUCAGUCCAGGCCAGGCCAAAUGGGUCAGAAACAAUGGCAUCGUCCUGCUGCUACCCCAUGGCAUGGAGGGAAUGGGCCCAGAGCACUCGUCAGCAAGGCCUGAGCGUUUCUUGCAGAUGAGUAAGGAUGACCCUGAUCGUUAUCCGGAAUUCCUUGGAGAUUUCGAGGUCCAACAGCUUUAUGAAAGUAACUGGAUUGUGGUCAACUGCUCGACACCUGCUAACUAUUUCCAUGUGCUGAGAAGACAGAUCUUAUUACCAUUUAGAAAGCCACUAAUUAUUUUCACUCCUAAGUCCUUACUAAGGCUCCCUGAGGCUCGCUCCAGUUUUGAUGACAUGACCCUAGGAACUAAGUUCAAAAGAAUCAUACCAGAUGAGGGCCCUGCAUCUAAAACUCCAGAGACUGUGAAAAGGGUCAUCUUCUGCACAGGCAAAGUCUACUAUGAACUAGUGAAAGAGAGAAAACAACUCGGACUAAAGGACAGGAUUGCAAUUGUCCGAAUGGAGCAGAUUUCACCAUUUCCAUUCGACCUUAUCAAGAAAGAGAUUGAGACGUACAGCAAUGCUGAGCUUGUAUGGUGUCAGGAGGAGCAUAAAAACAUGGGCUAUUAUGACUACAUAAGACCACGCUUUCUUAGUGCACUCUCCAACAGGAAACCUAUUUGGUACGUUGGCCGUGACCCUGCUGCAGCCACUGCCACAGGAAACAAAUUUACACACCUGGCAGAGCUGAAGAAGUUCAUGACCACUGCUUUUGAUCUCAGUGCAUUUCAGGGCAAGAGCUUUUAAUGCUAAUGAACUACUUACUCUAAAUAUUUGUUAGAACUGCUGCCAUGGAGGCUCGCUCUCAAAGCACAUUGUGUUCCUAGCAAUAGCGUGAUCCUGUGUGAUUCAGGUUUUAGUUGUUGAUGUUUUAGAAAUUUGAUAUAGACUUAAGUCAUAUUUAAGAACUGUACACAGAUACAGCAGUUAAUAGAAAAUAAUAUUAGAAUGCAUAUGUGCACCAAUCCUCGAAUCACUUAGAGUAGAAUAUAUCACAAUGCUUUUGAACUCAGGUUAUUCUCGACUACAUAAUUUUUUCCCCCAUCUCUCAUCACUUAGGGCCACACCUGACUGCAUUUCGAGGCACUGAACAGAUGGCAUAGUGACAAGCAACAGUAUUCUUUAUAGCCGUCAUAAUAUUCGUAGUUUCUUUUAAAUCACGAUUGUCCUUUUGGGACUAUAAAGUAUUAUGAUAUAAAGUGUUUAAAAAACAUGUUUAAAAUACAUGCCACUAAAAUACAGAAAAACUGUCUACUUAAGCACUGGCAGGGUAAAAAAAAAUAUUGCCACUCGGAUUCAAAUAAGCAAACACUUAAGACACUUUGAAGGGAUAAUUAUUGCAGGUGAUAAACAUGUUUCAGCUAAUAAAUGUUUUAAUCCUUUCUGGUGCAGCAAAUAAAUGUUUUAACCCUACAUGAUGCAGUGGGUAUCUUCUCAUUUCUUAAACAACCAUUUCGGAAGAUGUAUUCCAUGGUGGUGGAAAAGAUGUUUCAG